AGAGCUACAGCUUUGUAAAUGCAGCUUACUUAUCUAGCAUUCUUUUUCACGCAAUUUGGCCAAUUUCUCAUGUUUUUCAACAAUCUGUGGAGUCCGCUAGGACAAAUGUAGGAGUCAUGAACCCAAAGCGCGCCUCGAAGGCUGUUUUCCCGUCAACCUUUUCGGCGCACGAAUUUGGCGCAUGCGUUCUUCAGUUGCACUUUUGGGAGCAUCGCAGCAAGAUGGCGACUCCUGCCAAGUCGCUGGACGAUCUUCUCAACUCAGAGGUCGAUGAGAGCGCAGUAAGUGCCUUAGUCGGGUCUCUUGAGUCCCAGUUACUCUCCCAAAGUACUGCCGCAUCCACGGGGCAAGUUUCAGGGUCCUCGACGGACGCUAAUCAUGUCAAUUCUGUGUCGGUGUCCGACGGCACUUCGCAAGGACAAAAACUAGGCUUAGCUAACAUGAACCCUAACGUUCACGGCUUGGUAAAAUCGGAACUACAGGUGGAAAAUCAGAACUCCAUGUUGAGUAUAAAACCUCCAGUCCACGCCUUGAACGCAAGUUCUGUGGUGUCUUCAACCUUGGUGAGUUCCGUAGCUAGUAGUGUUUCCAGUGGAAACGUUAGUAUGGUUUCGUCGAACAGUUUGAACUCGACCGGAUCUAACGUUAACGUUAUAGGAAACAACAUUCCAAACGCCACCAUUUCAUCAAGUUCUGCUCAACUGUCGCAAGGCCAGGCGUCUUCUAACGCAGGAGCGCCGCUGCUUGUAAACACUGCAACUAGUGCAAGUACUGCUUCGACCGUAAACUCUGCCAAUGUUUCAAAUGUGGGAGGAUCCAUCUCUGCCACUAAUGUAGGGGUGGUCCAGAAUCCUGUCGUAUCAAUAAAUGGAGGGUCGUCAAACUUCCCGCCUAACACAGUGGCAACCACAGCCAGGAGAACUCCUCCAAACAGUUCUGUACAAAACCAACCUCCACCUUUUUCUGUAAAUGUUGUUCAGCAACCAAACGGAAUGCCGUCGACUCCACACACAACAGGUGCAUCUCAAAACAAACCUCUCACCAUCACUGUAACAGUGCCCAAACCAACCACACCAACACCAAACAUCAACUCAAAAAUGACUGUUCGAGAGCAGCUCGCUGCCCAGCACAAGCUGCACGGUGCAACAGGUGCUGCAGUACAGCCAGGUGCUGCAAACGCUGGAGCAUCUGAUCAGGCCAACCCGUCAGGUGUCAAUGGUCCACAUGUAGUGAAACAAGAAUCAGGAAGUCAACAACAACCGAGCCUGGCGCCAAAUAUGGUUACUAUAGGACAAGGAGGCGGGAUCCAGCAUGGGACCCUGCAGCAAACCGGUACACAGCCAGGCCCAAUACAACCUGGGACGAUACAACAGCAGACAAUACAGCCGCAGGUGACUAUACAGCAGAGAACACUACAGCAGCCGUUGAUAAAUGUUGUAACAGCCACAACAAUCAGGAAUGCUAACCCCGGCUCGGUCACGGUGGUCCCCUCAGCACCAGGCACUCCGCAGGCACAGACCAGGCUUGUCGCCACCGUGCAGCAACCGUCCACGCAGCAGCAGCAACCGACCAGACCAACCAUCACGUCCACGCCCAUGAGAAUAACCCCGCAGCAGCCGGCUAUUGCGCCGCGGCCUCCAGGACCAAUGACGGCCACCGUUACACUUCCGCCCGGCUUCACGAUUCCCCAGGGGAUGGUUCUGGUGAAGCAGGAGAAUGGUAACCUGGCGCUGAUGCCAGCGAGUGCGCUACCCGCCAGCUUACAGCCACGUCACAACGCCAGUAAUGUACCAGGCACUGCAACAUUCAAGCUCACCACAACUCAAGGUGUACAGCCUGGUGUCAGCACACAAGUCAUCACCAGACCGGCAGGACCCACACAGCCGGCGCAGAUCAAACCAGCCCCACAGCCCACACAGAUGGUUCAGACAGCCAUCCAGCCACAGCCGGUCGCCAUGGCACAGCCCAGGAUGGUGCAGACCACACCGGGGACAGGACACAUAGCAACCACUAUCUUGCCAGGCACUGCUCGUCGUUCUUUAGGUGCAACCACGGUACCUGUCCAGCCACCUGCCCAGUCCACCCUGACCCUCACCCCGGAGGCUAUAGAGAACGUGAAGAAGUGUAAGAACUUCCUCACCACGCUGGUCAAGCUGGCCAGCAGUGGGAACCAGCCGCCCGAGGUGGUCAAGAACGUCAAGGAACUGGUGCAGAACCUUUUGGAUGCUAAGAUCGAGCCUGAGGAAUUCACCCUCAAACUGCAGACAGAGCUGAAGUCCUCCCCACAGCCAUACUUGGUUCCCUUUCUGAAGAAAAGUCUACCGUAUGUUCGACAAGCGCUGGCGAAAGGCGGUGCGAUAGGCGGCAUGCAGAUUCCUCCUCAGACAUCGUCCAUUGCACAAGCUCCUGUUGCCACGACGACAACGCUGGUGACUUCCACGUCCACCAGCCGCCAGACCGUGGUGGUGACCACACAGAGCCAACACCCACCCAACGUCAGACACCAGGCCGCCAUCAAGAUCGCACAGAUGACGGCCUUCCAACAGGCUCAGCUCAAAGCCAUGGGACAUGCCACCACCCAGGCAACCAACCACCAGCAGCGCCCAGUCCUGGUCACCACCCAGCCGACAGGUGUGCCCGGGGUACACAUCAUCCGCGGGUCUCCUGCUCAGCAGAAGGGCGGGGUCAUGAGGUUUGUACCUGGGACACCUCAGGCUAGUCACAAGGUUAAAGACUCUCCCUCAAGACCCCAGGGCAGACACCCAGGUGGACAUGCAGGCUUCUCCAGGGACGAUGAUGACAUCAAUGACGUCGCCUCCAUGGCUGGCGUCAACCUCUCAGAAGAGAGCGCCCGUAUCCUAGCAACCAACUCUGAGCUGGUGGCCACGGAGCUGAGGUCGUGUAAAGACGAGACGUUCCUGUCGUCUGCUCCUCUGAGGAAAAGAAUACUAGAAAUUGCAAGGAAACACGGUUUAGAAGACGCAAGCCCAGAUGUGGUGAGUCUGGUGUCACAUGCAGCCGAGGAGAGAUUACGCAACUUGUUAGAGAAACUCACAGUCAUAGUCAGACAUAGGAUGGAGUCUUACAAGGAUGACUCCAGGUACGAGGUGACAGGACAGGUCAGACAACAGGUGAAGUUUCUGGAGGAGUUGGACAGAUUGGAGAAGAAACGACACGACGAGCAGGAAAGAGAGAUGCUUCUCAGAGCAGCAAAGAGUCGAUCCAGACAAGAAGACCCUGAGCAGCUCAAAUUAAAACAAAAGGCCAAAGAGCUACAACAGCUGGAACUGGAGAAGAUCAGGAACCAGGAGGCCAACAUGACUGCACUCAUGGCCAUCGGCCCCCGUAAGAAGAGAAAAGUGGACUCUCCCGGACCAGGCAGCUCCUCCUCCUUCACACCUGGAGCCUCGGUGCAGCCUGUGCGGCCGCGGACCAAGCGUGCCAACCUCAGGGACCUGAUCUUCCUGCUGGAACAGGAGAAGGAGACGUGUAAAUCCAACAUGCUCUACAAGGCCUAUCUCAAAUAACAAACACUGACAGGGACCACUGUCUCUAGUUCAUCACUCCCAAAAUAUAACUAACACUAGCAGAGGUGGAGGGGGGGGGGGACCUUUGCCUCAGAAGGCCACAGCAAGUAAAUUUUAUGGAUGACAUCCUCCGUAGAC